CUAAGUUAUCUCAACAGCGCAUUCACAUGAGACAAUAGAAAAAUACGCACGAGAUACAUGAGAGCGUAGACCGUUGUAUAUAUUUCGUCCCUUUGAUCACGUGAUUGUCUUGUGACUGAUCUGAUGCGCGAGCACGUCGAUGGAUAUUCCCUUCCGCUUACCAACCUCGUCUUUCGCGCUGUGGUUACAUAUAUAAAACCAAUCACGAGGCAGGUAUAUUUGUGGGUAGGUAAUUGUGCAGGGAUGUUAUCGUUUGUUGGUGAUGACUUGUGGCUGAUUAGAGCCGUUGGAUCUUAUGGUUGGUGAGUUUUUGACCGUUCGAUGGCAUGGCUACGCCAUCCCCUACAGAUGGCGUUGGAACAUUGGACAGGCGGGUUCUGCCAUCCCGCCACGUGCCCUUCUGUAACCCAUUAAAUCACCCGCUGCUCCGCGCAGCGACGAGCACUACGGCAGACACUCCAAACCGGAAUGGACGAGCUCAUCAUUUCCCCCUCCUGCUCCUCCUCCUUGAACGCGCCGGCGGCCGCCGACCUCCAGUACCGGCUGCAGAGCUUCCUCCUCGCGCGACCUGAGUGGUGGGCCUAUGCCAUCUUCUGGCGCGCCUCCCCCGACCAUCGUGUACUCUCCUUCGGCGACGGCAACUUCCGCGGCGCCCGCAAGAGCCGGGGGUCAGACGACUCCGUCGACGACGGCGAGUGGUUCUACGUCGUGUCGCUCAGCCGAUCGUUCGUGGUGGCCCGAGACGGGGACGCAAAUCCCGUCCCCGCCCGCGUCUACGGCUCGCUGGCGCCGGUCUGGCUGGCGGGCGUGCGCGCGCUCCAAGCGUGCGGGUGCGACCGGACCCGCGAGGCUCAGCUCCACGGCAUCGAGACGCUCGCGUGCUUCCCGGUCCCCGGCGGCGUCCUCGAGCUCGGAUCCGCCGACUACAUCGCGGAGAACUGGGUCCUCGUGCGGCAGGUCAGUGCCAUCUUCAACACGACGCCCCACGACGCCGCCAUCGCCGGCGCAGAACCGACGGCCGCCCCGGCCCCUUUGUCGGCAGCGAGGAAGGAUGGGGCCGGUCUCUCCUCUUCGGUCGACUCCGAGCACUCGGACUCCGACUGCCACCUGUUGGCGGAGCGCCGCAGGCCCAAGAAGCGAGGGAGGAAGCAGGAGAGCGGGUCGCACGAGGGGCCAGCAAACCACGUCGAGGCGGAACGGCAGCGCCGCGAGAAGCUGAACCACCGCUUCUACGCCCUCCGUUCGGUGGUGCCCAACGUAUCGCGGAUGGACAAGGCGUCCCUGCUGUCGGACGCCGUGGCCUACAUCAAGGAGCUCGAGGCCAAGGUCGACAAGCUGGAGGCCGAAGCCAAGACUGCGAAGAAGGAGACAACCACCAGCGCCACGACACACGGCACCACCACCACAACCACAACCACCUCAGCGACGGCGAUGGAGGUGGAGGUGAAGCUGCUGGGAGCGGAGGCGCUGAUAAGGGCGCAAUCGGAUGACCGGAACCAUCCGCCGGCGAGGCUGAUGGUUGCGCUACGCGACCUGGGGCUCCACGUGCACCACGCGAGCGUGUCCUGCGUCAAGGAAGCCGUGCUGCAGGACGUGGUGGUGAAGGUGCCAUGUGAGUUGCAAGGCCAUGAAGGUCUCAGGGCUGCGCUCCUCGCCAAGCUCCAGACGAGCUAAGCUGAGCUUAGCUGAGCUUAGCUGAGCUGCCACGUUACUUAGUGUCUUCUUCCUCUUCUCCUUUGUGCGCAUGUGACUCGUGCUCUUAAGGCCUCAGGGCUGCGCUCCUCGCCAUUGGGAUCUAUUGCAUGCGCAUGACGAGGAAGACGCUCGAAGGAGAUGGUGGAGUCUGUGUGUGCAUGAUUGAGGUAGGUAGCGCUUAGUUGGCAGAGGCUGUCGUCGUCUUGGAUACGUGAAACGACAAGGCUAAUAACUUCUUUGCCGAUGAUAUGUAUCGAUCGGGACUUGUCCCAUCAAACUAAGACUAUGUGAUGGGUUAGUGAUAGGGGAAUAAAGUUACGUAAGCUUUGGUUGCAACCGCGAAUGACAUUUAAAUGUGAUGAGGGGGACUGUUCGUGUCACGAAAAAAAUGCAUGCUUUAUUGGAUGAUUAUUUUCAUGAUAAUAAUUAUGGUAGUUUAUUGAUAAUCUCAUGACAUGUCAUGUGUCCUACCAACUACCUUAUCACAUCGGUUAAACCAUUUUUACACGUCACUCCACACUAUAUAUUGGACACUUAGUCAACCGACUCAUUGACUUUUAUUUUCGCACGAUAGUCAUAAUGUUAG